CAGAGACGACACAAUGUCUGUGGACUUUAUACUGCCCAAUCGCAACAAGAUACAAACGAUUGCCUACGCGAGCAAGAAAUAUGCGCCAGCCACUGAAUCCCACAGCUGGCGACGCCCCAAGUCAAAGCCGAGCAGCAGCAGCAGCAGCAGCCGGAACGGAAGCGGGAAUGGGAGCGGGCAGCAGACGCUGCGUAAACUGAGGCCGGCGGCCACAUCCAAUGUGGACAAAUCCCAUCCGGUGCUGCGCAAUGCCAAUAACAAUAACAGUAACACACACAAUGGCAAGAUGACGCUCAAGUCUGGCCCCAAGGAUAAGGAUAAGGAUAAGGAGUCUAAGCGCGGCGGCAGAGUUGCGCUCAAGCGUGAGAUAAUCGAGCUGGACGAGGAUGAGGGCAAUGUGCUGGCCCAGCCGGACGACGAGCAGCAAUUGGAAUGGUCGGCAGCACAGUCCCUGGUGCAAAUGAACUCUAAGCAGGAGCGCCGUCUAGGAACGGGAGCAGCAACAGGAGCUGUAACAGCAACAGGAGCUGGAGCCAAGGCAGUCUCAGCAGCCGCAGUAUCUAUGCGCCGUCCAGUGGCCUUUGGUCGCGCACCGGCCGAGGAUGGCAAGGUGAUCUUCUAUGCGCCGCCGGCAAAUGCCAACGGCUCCGCCAGACAGCCCCAGCCCAUAGCCAUAAAGCGCGAACGGGAGCAACAAGUGGCAGCGGCUGCGGCUGCGACCUCGGCCAUAUACAGGGGACGCAGCGUGGAGGAGACGGAGGCGGCACACGAUCUGCUGUCCUUGUCGCAAAGUCUGCCGCCGCUAAUUCCGCCCUGUGUGGUAACCAUUAUGAAGCAGGAAAUUUUGCAAAAGCCGCCGGAACAUUGCCUGCCCGUUAUGCAGGAGAUUUCGAACAAGUCACCGCAGUCGCCGCCGCCGCCGCCAUCGCCAGCGCCGUACCAGAGUAGCAGCAGCAGCAGCAGCAAUGGGGCCAGCUCCAAUAUCCGGUUCAUUGGCAGCAGCUCCUACGACUUGUUGAGCAGCGCGCCCGAAACAUCGAACAAUUGUUCGCCGCUGACGCCGCCCAAUUCCGAUCACAGCUCCGAUGUGGACAUCGACAUGUCCUCCUCGUCCGAAUCCGGCCAGCUGCACUGGAACAAGCAGCCGCCGCCGCCGCAGCAGCAGCAACAGCGUGCCUCCGCUUUAAAGAUGUGUCUCAACAUGCUCGACGGCCGCACCAAGGCCAGCAAGGCGGCCACCAAGGACAAGGAGCAGCAACAGCAGCUGCGUCCCAAGAGUGUCAACAGCAGCCAAAGCAGCAGCAGCAGCAGCGCCACCAGCGAGCCAGUAACUGGAGGAGCAGGAGGAGGAGGAGUAGCUGCACCUGCUGGCGAGAACUAUGCCAAGCGCAAGCGCGGCUGCUACAAGUGUUCGGAGUGCGGCAAGCAAUAUGCCACCUCGAGCAAUCUGUCGCGCCACAAGCAGACGCAUCGCUCCCUGGACUCGCAGUCGGCUAAGAAGUGCAAUACCUGCGGCAAGGCAUAUGUCUCGAUGCCAGCGCUGGCGAUGCAUCUAUUGACGCACAAACUCUCGCACAGCUGCGAUAUCUGUGGCAAGUUGUUCUCGCGCCCGUGGCUGCUGCAGGGUCAUCUGCGUUCCCACACCGGGGAGAAGCCGUACGUGUGCGUGCAGUGCGGCAAGGCGUUUGCGGAUCGCUCCAAUCUGAGGGCCCACAUGCAGACGCACUCGGGCGACAAGAACUUCAAGUGCCUGCGCUGCAACAAAACCUUUGCGCUCAAAUCGUAUCUGAACAAGCAUCUGGAGUCGGCCUGCCUGCGGGAUGCAGGCGCCAAGAAUAUGGACGGCGACGAUGAGGAUCUGGAUGAGGAAGAGGAUCUGAAGCAUGAUAACGACGAGCACGACGAACUCGAGGCGGACGAGCUGGACAGCGAUGAGAACAGCCAGGAUAUUGUGGUAGCCUAAGCUUAUCUAAUAUAUACGCAACUAAAAACUUUAAGAAACCUUAUACCUAAAAAUCCUAUAAGCAAUACUCGAGCACCCUUCCCGAAGGAAAUAUAUAAAUCAAAUCAGUCAACUAGCAGCUUAUUCUGAGUAGUUUUGAGCAUGUCGAGCAUGUGGAAUGUGUUGGUAACGUCUUGGAUGCCAGUUCUAGAUCUCAAGAGUCAAUAGCAUGUUUUCAAAAGCAGUUAUAAUACAUAUUAUUAUUAUACAUUAUUAUUACCUUAUAUUAUUAACAUUAUCUGACCUUUUCCGGUCCGGAAUGAGCGAAUCUCUCCAAGUUGGGCAUUUUUAUUGAAUGAAACAAAAACAAAAAACAAAAACAAAAA